ACCGAACACCGGACACACACAAUCCAGCGCGAGACUCCCAAUUUGGCAAACACCCAUCACCACUCGGACAAUUGAACUUGAAAUUUGACUAGCGAUCAGCGACAAGCAGCCAUUGGCGUAUCCUGGACUCCUGUAAAACCAUGGCCGCGCCUCUGUCGCCAACCCCCAGCGCGGCGCUCAACUACUCGACGCCGUCGGGCCUGCACCACGAAACAUACUACGCCCACAAACCCGCCGUCAACGCCGAGAACCGCAGGGCCAGCCAUGACCACGACGCCGACAGCCCAGCCUAUCUUCCGCAGAUCAAGGACGAAGUAGCCUCUCCCACACCGCGAGGGCCCUCACCGCCAAAACCCCGCCCGGGGUCUCGAAUCAUCUCGGGCAGCGAGCUCUCCCCGCUCAAGCUCGCAUGCCUCCAAGCCCAGACGCAAAACCAACAGUCAGCACAAUCCGCCGGCGAAGACGCAUCGUCUCCGGCCAGGAGCAUGCCUCCCCCGCCACUGCCACAGAGUCCCCGGAAGGCGGGCCCGAUCAAGCGAUUUCCCGUCAAGGUGAGCCAGCCGGGUGCUGCCGCCAUCAGGAACGAGUCGCCGCGGCGGUCAUCCCAGGAGGAGCGCCGGUCGUCGGGCGAGCGCCCGAGCAGCAGCCUGCAGGAUGUUGUGCGGGAGAACGAGGGACUGAAGCAUGCCAUUGAGAUCUUCGAGGACGAGGUCAACGCGAUGCACGACGCUGUCGAGGACGGAGACCACGAGGGCGACCAUACCUUGUCAAUGGGACAGGAAGCUGCAGCACACGAGCAGAGCCAUCUCGCCGAGGAGGAGCACUCGGUCGCAGACGACACCAUGGUCAGCACGUUCAGCGCCUUCAACCCCACGAUGCUGACGCAGAUGCGGAGCGACAGCCCGACCAAGUUCUCGGUCCUGGCCGGAUCGACCCCACGGGCCUCGGGCAGGGGGCCAGAGGGUGCCACGCCGUCCAGGACACCACGCGGCAACGGCUCGUACGACGGCGGUAACACCACCAACCUGAUGGACUUCACCGAGCAGAUGCGCUACGGCACCUACGGCGGCGCGCAGCCAACCCCGUCCCGGCGCGGAGGAGGCCACAUGCAGCAGCCCCGGGGACCACCUCUCAACCCGACCGCCACGCCGCAGCGCAACAACCUCGUCAACCUCCUCGACUUUGACAUCCCGCCAGCGCCGACCCCGCGCAGCAUCCCCACCAUCACGCCGCGCGAGCUCGAGUCGCUCAAGUCCGGGUUCCUGUCCGAGAUCAGCAGCCUCAAGGCGUCGCUCAGCGGGAAAGAAGCCGAAGUGCUCUCGCUCAAGACGGCCGUAGGCGACGCCGAGAAGCGGGUGGGCGAGUGCAUGGAGCAGCUGCGCGAUCUGCAGGCCACGCAGGAGAGCUUGCAGACGGAGCGGGACAGCUGGGAACGGCGGGGGCGCGAGAUGGAGGCGGUCCUCCGCAAAGUCAAGGAGGAGAUUGUGAUUAGCACGCGCGAGCGCGAGGAGCUCGAGUUCAAGCUCGACGAGGCUGAGAAGCGGCGCGAGGCGGCCGAGAUGAUGGCGCAGGAAGCCGAGAGCAAGAUGGCGGGCAUGCGGGCUGGACCGCUGCCGUCCAACAAGGAGGUCGAGAUUGCCGUCGAGCGCGUCGCGCGCGAGCUGCACGGCCUCUACAAGAGCAAGCACGAGACCAAGGUGGCGGCGCUGAAGAAGAGCUACGAGCACCGCUGGGAAAAGCAGGUGCGCAAGCUGCAGGCGCAAGUGGACCAGCUCAGUGCCGAGAACGACGAGCUGCGGCACGCCAACAGCACCAUCUCGCGCGGCGGCAUCGACCCGGCCCGGCUGGCGCAGCUGGAGGCCGAGCGGGCGCGGGAUGCGGCGCAGAUCAGGGAGCUCGAGGCCGAGGUCGAGAAGGUCGAGGCCGUGCUCAAGACGGUGCAGGCAGACAAUGCCGAGCUGAGGGUGUUGCUGGAGCGGGAGCGCGUCGAGAAGGGGGAGCUGGUCAUGCUGGCGGAGGAGAUGAUGAACAUGCAGAGCUUUGUCGCCUCCGUGCCGGAGGAGCCAGAACCGCAACCGCCGGCGCAGCACAUUCAGCAGCAGCAGCACCAGCAACCGAUCCCGAUGGUGACCGCCAAGACACCGAAUAGGAGACAGUCGUCUUCGCUUUCUUCCGCCACGACGGCAAGGACGCCUGGUGGUGCCAACGGCAUCGCGAGGUCAAACUCUCUUCGCAUUAGCAGCAGCGGCAGCAACUUCAGAGCCUCGGGUCUCAGGGCGCCCGGGGCGGUGAUGGGGCUCAACAAUCAGAAAACGGCCACGUCGUCGGGAGCCGAGAGCAGGAUUGGGCGGAUGUCGCAUGAGCGGACCAAGAGUGCCGCGGGUGUUAGUGGGAUGCCGAGGCCUGGGUCGGGGCAGGGCCUCAGAAGUGGUGGCAUCAUGAGCUCUAUUGAAAAGAUGGGGAGUUAUCAUACCGGUGGUGGUGGUGUGGCGCAUGGGUAUAGGAGAGGGGAGUGA